AUGAGCUCCGAGGUCGGGGCCCCGGUGCCUCGCAGCCCGGCCUUGAUGAGCCAGCCGCCGCCGCCGCCGCCCGCCCUGGAGACGUCGGGCAACAGCAGCAGCAGCAGUGGCGGCGGCGGCGGCGGGGGCUCGGCGUCGUCGUCGGCGCCGUCGAAAGGCAAGAAAGCGGCGUCGGGCUUGCGGCGCCCGGAGAAGCCGCCCUACUCGUACAUCGCGCUGAUCGUGAUGGCCAUCCAGAGCUCGCCGGCCAAGCGGCUGACGCUGAGCGAGAUCUACCAGUUCCUCCAGAGCCGCUUCCCCUUCUUCCGCGGCUCCUACCAGGGCUGGAAGAACUCGGUGCGCCACAACCUCUCGCUCAACGAGUGCUUCAUCAAGCUGCCCAAGGGCCUGGGCCGCCCGGGGAAGGGCCACUACUGGACCAUCGACCCGGCCAGCGAGUUCAUGUUCGAGGAGGGCUCCUUCCGCCGCCGCCCGCGGGGCUUCCGAAGGAAAUGCCAGGCCCUCAAGCCGGCCAUGUACCGCGUCAUGAACGGCCUGGGCUUCCUCCCGCAGGGCUUCGACUUCCAGGCGCCCCCCGCCGCCCCCCUCGGCUGCCACCCCAGCGGCUACGGGCCCCUCGACGUGAUGCCGGCCGGCGCCUACGAGGCCCACCACGUCCCCCACAUGUCGCCCAGCCCGGGCUCCACCUACAUGGCCAGCUGCCCCGUCCCCGCCGGCGGCGGCGCCGACUACGGGCCCGACAGCAGCAGUAGCCCCGUGCCCUCCUCGCCCGCCCUGGCCAGCGCCAUCGAGUGCCACGCCGGAAUGGCCUCCUACUCGCUGGAGCAGAGCUACCUGCACCAAAACGGACGCGAAGACCUCUCAGUGGGCCUGCCCCGCUACCAGCACCACCCGCCGCCGGUGUGCGACCGGAAGGACUUCGUCCUCAACUUCAACGGCAUCUCGUCCUUCCACCCGUCGGCCGGCGGCUCCUACUACCACCCGCACCCCCACCAGAGCGUCUGCCAGGACAUCAAGCCCUGCGUCAUGUGA